ACCUCGCCUAGCCUGGAUAACUCGCUUCAUGUAAACAGGCCCCUUAGAUAACCAGGAUGAACUAAAUAAACAAUGCUCUAACGCAUUAAUUGCAUGACUGAUUUCCCUCAAAGCUCAAAGCACGCUUUGUAACCUUGUAUGUUAAUUCAGGCAAAUGACCGUGUUUUGAAGUUUAUCAGAAUCAUGGUCUAUCUCUACCAGGGUUGUUUUGUGUUUAGGACUACAUGUAAAUCGUUAUCUUAGAAAUCCUGUGUGCUACUCGAUUGUAUUUAUAAAGCGGGAAUAAAGUUUUAUCGCACCAAAUGUGGCACUUUAAGGUACUUUUAUUUGUGGUCUUGGCAUCACCGAGCGAGGUUGGUUAUGCAUUCGAUGGAUUUAUGCCGGAAAAAAAUCUGUAUUUUUCAAACCCCGAGUCCUUAUCAAAUUUGCUGUUCCACGGAGUUAAUCAAAAGUGCAACGAGACUUUGAGAGGAUUAGACACGGACACAAGAUGGCGAUAUUUUGACAGUUGGGGUAAACCAGGCAGUGGAAUCUUGAGCGGAAAUGUCAAAUGGUUUGGUGCAUUCGACCAGUGCAUUGAAAUUCCUGAUGCUAAAUAUUGCCUUGUUACCGUGCUGGGAAAAUUCCAUACCAAUAAGACUCUUCCAAUCUGGUACGGUAUUUGUGUUCCAAAUGCCUGUGACGACGCAGAUAUUUCUAUUGGCAUUGAAAAUUUUUUCCACAACGUGAGCAAUCGUUUCUUCCCAAGUAUUCGCAAGCUUGCUCUCAGCUGUUACAAAGAGCAAUCGUAUACGACCGCCGUAGUUUUCACUAUAAUACUUUGCGCUGUUGUUUUGUUGUUCUGUGUUAUUGGUACUGCCAUCGAAAUUUCGUUGGAAUCGUUCGUAGAUAAUGGCAACGAACUGGAUUAUUACGUUAAACAGAAUGAUAUCCUGAAUCGGGACAACAAACCAGAGGAGUGUUCACUUGGGCCUAAAUUGAUCGAUGUUAACGAAACGACGCCAUUGAUCCGACCGAACAAGAAGCAAAAUGGUUUUAUCGACAGUGUAAAACUUAAAACCCCGCUCGAAAAUGACACAGCGUCGUUCAAGGAAGACACAGUUGAUAGUCGACAUAAAACAAAACCUAAUGGUAUCUUCGUCCAAGUCUUUCUGUGUUUUUCCCUGCUCCGCAAUACUCGGGCCGUUUUAAAGACCGAUGUUACACCUGGUACAAUGACCUCGUUGAACGGACUACGAGUAAUCUCUAUGUUCUGGAUCAUACUAUGUCACCUGUAUGUUUUCGCCAAGCCCAUAGACGGAAUCGUUGAAAAUUAUCAAGAGCUCAAUAAACAAGUGGAGAACUUUUCUAUGAUGGUUAUAGCAAACGGCUAUCCUGCUGUAGACACAUUCUUCUUUCUGGGUGGUUUGCUUUUGAUGUAUACCGUCAUGAAGAGUUUGAAAAACAACGACGGUGCGAUACAUUGGGGAAAAUUUUAUUUACAUCGUUUCCUAAGGCUCACGCCAGCGAUGAUGUUCGUGAUCUUGUUCGUCGUUCAGUUGGAGCCAUUUGUUGACAAAGGUCCCCUAUGGCAGCAACAUCUCAACAAGCAGACGUGUGACGAAUAUUGGUGGACAAACCUGCUGUACAUUAAUAAUUUUUAUCCGACAAAUCCUGCGACAGAUUCGUGCCUGAGCUGGUUAUGGUAUCUUGCGGUGGACAUGCAAUUCUUCAUUCUCACCCCUAUCAUAAUUUAUAUUUUUUACAGAUAUGAGUAUCGUGGUGUGAUUGGUUCAUCGCUGUUUUUUGUCAUUUCAUCGAUCAUUUGCAUUGCUGUCAUUACAAAGAACUGCGACAUACAUCCUAUGUCAGCCUCAAUGGAAAAAGCUUCAGGAACUUCCGCAGCGGAUAUGUUUAACUAUCUCUACACCAAACCCUACUGUCGAGUUCAUCCCUACAUAAUAGGCCUUGCAUUUGGAUACCUCGUGCAUAGGGGAGUAUUCCGAGCCAAGCAGUUGAACUGGCUUUUUGUUGUUGUUUUGUGGUUCAUUGCGGUUGCUGCAGGAUUGUCUAUCAUCUACGGACCGUUCACUGCAUUACGCGAAGAUCCAAGACCUUGGACAAUGACUGAAAAGAUAUUCUAUAAUUCCACACAACAUCUUGUCUGGGGGCUUCUUCUCGCCUGGGUUACCUACGCUUGUGAAUUCGGCUAUGGAGGCUAUGUUCAUGAAUUUCUCUCCUCGAAAUUUUGGAUACCGUUAGGUCGACUUACAUACUGUACUUACUUGGUACAUUGCGAGCUGAUAAAGGUCAUGUACGCUGGAUACAGAUCCGGAUUGUUUUUCUCCACGCACUGGUGGGCAUAUCUCUACUGUGCAGUGUUGUUGAUGUCUCACGGAAUCGCGUUCAUCCUUGUGAUAACGAUCGAAUAUCCCUGCGCAAAUCUGGAAAAACUUCUGCUCGGAAAGAAACGAAGAAAAGAUCAGAAAUAGAUGAGAUCCAUUCUUGAACUUAUCAAGUGCAUUUAAUUUUGGUAGGCGAUAGCAAUAUAGGUAGGCAUAUUUGUAGUUGGAUAUUCUACGAAAAUAAUGGAACGAAAGUCCGCUUAAAACGUCUAUAGAAUUUACCAAUUGAGUGAAAUGGUAUAAAAAAUUUAGCUUAAUUCCUGUAUCAUUGAAUGCUUAGCAUUCAUUUAAUUUAUAUUGUAUCUGAUUGUGGUAGUAAAACGUUAACAAACUA